AUGGAUACCCAGGACAUAGUCGAUAACACCGCUGAUAUUACGUUGGAGGAUGAAGAUCUGGGGGUGCGUUUUGAAGAGGAGCCGACGGGGGGGAUUGAUCAUACAGUGCAGAACCAGACUUGGUCGAUAGUGGGGCGAUUAUUAACGGAUAGGCCGAUCAGAACUGAGAUGAUGAAAAGGGUGUUGGCGUCGGUUUGGCGACCGCUAAUGGGCAUUGAGGUCGUGGAUGUGCAGCCGAACCUCUUCCUGUUCACUUUUUUCGACGAGCCGGAUAGGCGCUGUGUACUGGAGGAGGGGCCAUGGGCUUUUGAGAAUGCUACAUUGCUAUGCCAGCCUUUGCAUGGUAAUGAUAACCCUACGCAGGUGGCGUUGAAUACAGUGGACCUGUGGGUACAAGUUUUUGAUCUUCGGAUUGGAUAUCGUACCGAGAAGGUGUUGGAAAAGGUUGGGGACUUCGUUGGGGUAUAUUUGCGGGUGGAUGAUCGAAAUUUCAUGCGUCCGUGGGCUACUUUCUAUCGGGUGAGGGUUACGCAUGAUGUGGCUAUGCCUCUGAAGCGCCGCAUGAAGAUGAUCCUUCGGGAUGGCACGUGGGUGUGGGUAAACUUUAAGUAUGAGCGCCUGCACAUGUUUUGUUUUUUCUGUGGCAAAUUGGGGCAUACGGACAAGUUCUGUCUGGAUGCGAGACGAUCAACACUCAUGCCCGAACAAUAUUUAUACGGACCGUCCUUGAAGGCGGGAGGUACGAGAUGGACCAAGGUGCUAGGUGAAAAGUGGUUCAGUCUUGGGCAGGAACGCCACCGCGAAAUUGGGUACGGUGGGGCGUCGGGGGGAGAGGUGCGUGCUGUGGUGUCUGCCGGGCCAGUGGCUGGUGAGACGGCAUGCCGGGGGGUAAAGGGCAGUUUGGGUGCGUGA